AUGGCUAUGUUUGAUCUAAUCUAUAGUCAAUCGAAAAAGAAGCUGAAUAGGAAGAAUAUGAGGAAUGAAGCUGAAGUAAAUUGCAUAAAAGUCAUCACUUUCCAGGCAUCGAACAUGAUCAUGAAAGAUGUGGUUGCCUCCACGCUGCUCUCCACUGGUUUGUUUGCCACUACAUUCACAAGCUGAGGUGGGAACCCGAUUGAGACACUUUUGAGGUCGAUAUGAUGACUUGGCUUGCCACAUUUAUCCCAAAGACACUGAAAUUCUCAGACAUACGUUAUCGAGACACGUAAAUGCCGUUAGUGAGAUUCAAAUUGGAAGAGAAUUACUACUUUUUGGAUGCAGAGCAUAGCUCCAUCAAAGCGUUUAAUCUAUCGUAAUGAGGAAGUUUUUCUCAUAAGUGCAAGAUUGAGAGAAAAGAUAGGAAAAUAGCCUUAUUUUUUUAUUAGGAAGUGUAAUUAACUAUAUAGUUAAAAAAAUGUAUAUAAAAUUUUGGUUUCUU